AUGGAGCCCGCAGAACGCCAGCAACCCCAACCGGGCGAUAGUUGCCAGGACAAGUUCCACAAGGUUUUGGCAGCGUUUGUUAAUCGGGACUUUCGGAUUAACAACGACGUCUACCUGGAGAUGAUUAUCAGCCAUCUGUCGGGCAAGUAUGAAGAAGAGCACCGUAAGCUUAUAAAGUCACCGGAGGCGUUCCGUUGGCUUGAGACGAUGCUGCAGCAGUGGGAAAGUGAUCGACCACCGGCCACCGAUAUCGGCGCCUUCACUUUGCAGCUGCUGGCGAUGAUAGUCGAGAAUGAGUGGGACUUUGCCCGAGUCCAAACCAGCAAUCGGAUGCUGGACCGCUUCCAGGAAUGCAUCCAGCGCAACGGAAAGCUACAAAAUCCAUCGAUCAAGCUCGGCCACGUGCUGGUGCUGAAGGCUAUCUCUGGGCAUGCGAUGGGGAUGAGCUGGAUCAAGCAGUCCGGCUCGUGGCGCAUCUGCCUUGAUUAUUACAACGGUUACCAGACGAUUUACAUCACACGCGAGACGUCUCUGUUCAUCUACGAAGUGCUCGAGCGCUUCUGUGCGAUGGGAGACUACGACGAGGUGCAGGAAAUCGUUCGCACGAUCCUUUCCCCGCUAAUCGAUGCCGUGUGGAAGAGCCCGGAGCAGGACGAUGCGGUUCUCGUGAACGAUGAUCACUCGCAAAAGAUCAUCACGCCGCUGUUGAGUCUUAUGCAAACACUGUUCCGAAGGAUCAUCGAGUCGCGGCAGCGGACACGGGUUGCCUAUUUUAUCCUUUACAAGUACAAAUUUCAGCUUAAUCUCUGGAAGUUCACCGACACCAUGCACGAUCAUACGUUUUUGGCGAAAAUCUGGCAAACGCACAUUUACGCCAAUUGUGCCCGGCUCUGCACCACGGAGAUCCCGCCAGACGACCCACUCGAUGCAGUGGAUUUAACAUUCGAUCGGUACACGAUCAACUUUCUCAAUUAUGUAAACUUCUCGAUCCGUCGGGGAAACGUGCAGAACGUGAUGUUGAUGGCGGAAACACACCAUGCGUUGUGGCGUAUACUUGGCGAUCGGGCUCCCGAAGAGGUGGUGCUUAAGAACCAAAGCAUACGAUUCGGAGAUCAAAUUUUGCUGCUGCAGCUGUUUCCCGUUCUGUACGAAAUGCAAUGUUUGGCAUCGAAAGAGUUGCCAGAUUACAUCGAAAAGUUUUGCACCAAACUCUACGACAUUGCGUGCGAAUUUACGGUCCGGUUAAUCUACGCCUGCCGGGACAUCUUUCAGGCCUACAACCUUAACGUCACGGAGCUGGCAUGCAAGUCAAUCCAGGGCAUCGUGACGACCCACAAAUUGCCGCGUCAUCGCGCAGUUAUCGCUUUCCAAGCGUUCGUGUAUCUGCUAAAGGAGUUUCUACCGGGUAUGUGCUGCCCGUCUACCAAAGGUGCUGGAGAGCCAGGGGAUGGCACUGCAAAAGUAGAUCUUAUUCUCAGCAAACCGAACCUACUGUCGGCGAUUAUCAAUGGGCUGAUAACACUGAUUGAAAGCUACAGCAUCACGUGGAAAGAUUGCAUCGAGGCGACAACGAUCGUUAAUUUUAUGCUCAACUUGCUGACCAACGCCAACCUUCCCCCGAGGUUGGUGGUUCAGGCGCUUAAGUUGACACAAAUUUCGAUCGAACACUUUCUGGCCCCGAACCUGGCACUGCUGAUGGACAAUAUUGAUGGCUCGGGCCUGGAGUAUGUAGGACGUGUCAUCUACAAAAGGUUGCACGACCCGAGCUGGGAGGCACGCGAUUCUGCCCUAGAACUUCUCGCCUCGAUCGUCAUAAUUUCUCAUAUCAAAUUCCCCGCCUUUCAGAAGCACAUUCUCGAUUGUGAUAUCAUUUCUGUAGUGGAAACAUCCGCUAAAAACGAUACCGAAGCAUACGUGCGUGCCUCGGCCUUACGCUGCUUGACGUUAAUGGUGAAAAUACGCCUUUUCUGGGAUCAAUCGCUCUCCAAGCUUUCACUGAUGAACCACUUGAUCUACGUGAUCGAAAACGAAAGUGAAGGUGUGGUGAGACGGGAAGCGGUCAGCACAGUGCGUGAGAUCUACGCCAACCACAAAAUACAAGCCCAGUGCCUCGAUAGCGUUUUCUCCGUGCUCGCAUACGCGGCCGCACAUGACCUCUACUGGGAGGUAAAGAUAAACGCACUGGACUUCUGGCGCCUCGUAAUGUGUCGCCAGUUCCAGCAUCAGGGUAUGAUUGACGGCACCUUUCCGUCGGUGACGUUCUCAAAGGAGCACAAGAAAAUCGUCACGCUUACCGAGCGUGAAAUUCAAACGCGGCUGAUGAAGGUGUUGAAUGAGCUGUCGUUACGAGGCUGCCUCGGUGUGCUGCUCGCUUGCCUCGGCGAUGAUUGCGAUUUGGAAGUGGUGAAGGAAGCGACAAGCGUAAUCGAACGGCUAAUGUCUUAUCUGAAUAAGUAUGCGUUUCUCGAUUACUAUCAGAAUCUCUCGUCGACCCUCGGAUCAGGUGGAUCGUCGUCCACGACACCCACAUCAGUUUCACCUGCCAGGAAUGCUCCGCGCCGUCGAAACGAUGCUGACUACAGUAGCGCCAAUCUGGCGUGCCGUACAGCGAUUGCUGACGAGAUCAUCGAUUCGAUCGUUAAUCUCAACGACAUGAACCUGUUGUCGGUGACAUACAAACCGCACGUCACCAUGGCCGCUCCAUCGAUUGGUGACGAUUGUGGUUGCGAGCCAUCAUUGCGGCACGCAGAUCUGUUUCAUCAGUACGCGGCGGUUACUCCGGAGCAUUUUUUGCAACGUGUCCGAUCGAUCGAUCUGCCUGCGAUGGUGAGCAGUCGGGAGCGCUGGUUGAAGCAAACGGAAAGCUUUGGCUCACUACUGGACGAUGUGCUGUUUUCGUACUACGCUGCCGACGUAAAUGAUGCAGACUGCUACUGAACGGUAUAUGGACGAAUUCAGGGAUUUUUUUCGUUUUCGAGUUAUUAGUCUUUUUUGUCGGAAUCAACCAUAAGAUCACAUUCAACGCGAUGAUGGUAUACGUGUAACGCCUUACCACUUUGCCAUUCGAAAUACCGGAAAACAACUGGCGACACUAUUAUUAAUAAUGCUCCUAAUGCCCUGCAUUUAAAAGUUGAUUAUCAAUAAUAGUAAUUUCCAUAAGCCCACAACAGCAAUAACGAUUCGUACUUAAGCCAAUCGAAUAACAAAUAUUUGUAAAUACUUGUUGAUGCGUUCCGUUUUUGGUCUUUUUGGUAGGUUUGUUACAUCCCUCGAGUAAUGUGUAAUACGUUUUUGGCGUCUCAGUGGUAUUAAAAAAAAUAUUUUGCGAUUGUUAUCAUAUCGAAACAGUUCCCAGUUUUGCGGAAGAGAUAUUGCCUAUUUGUUCAACUGGUUUAGAUUAAGCAUAAAAGUAGCAUAAGGUGCUGUAAAAAUGU